AUGGAGCGCGGGCUGCACCUCGGCGCGGCCGCCGCGGGCGAAGACGACCUCUACCUGCACAAGAGCCUGAGCGCCUCCGCCGCCAAGCGCUUGGAGGCGGCUUUCCGCUCCACGCCCCCGGGCAUGGACCUGUCCCUGGCACCGCCGCCCCGGGAGCGCCCGGCGUCCUCGUCGUCGCCCCUCGGCUGCUUCGAGCCGGCUGACCCCGAGGGGUCAGGGCUGCUGCUGCCGCCGCCCGGGGGAGGCGGCGGCGCGGGAGGCGGCGGCGGCGGCGGGGUGGGCGUCCCCGGGCUGCUCGUGGGCUCCGCCGGCGUGGGGGGCGACCCCAGCCUGAGCAGCCUGCCAGCCGGGGCGGCCCUCUGUCUCAAAUACGGCGAGAGCGCCGGCCGGGGCUCGGUGGCCGAGAGCAGCGGCGGCGAGCAGAGCCCCGACGACGACAGCGACGGCCGCUGCGAGCUGGUGCUGCGGCCCGGAGGCAGCGACCCGCGGGCCUCCCCGGGCGCGGGAGGCGGCGGCACCAAGGCGGCUGAGGGCUGCUCCAACGCCCUCCUCCACGGCGGCGCCGGCGCCCCCCCGGGGGCCCCGAGCAGCGGCGGCGGCGGCGGGGGUAGCGGCGGCGGCGGCGGCGGUGGGGGCAGCGGCGGCAGCAAGAAAUCCAAAGAGCAGAAAGCGCUGCGGCUCAACAUCAACGCCCGCGAGCGCCGGCGGAUGCACGACCUGAACGACGCGCUGGACGAGCUGCGCGCGGUGAUCCCCUACGCGCACAGCCCCUCGGUGCGGAAGCUCUCCAAGAUCGCCACGCUGCUGCUCGCGAAGAACUACAUCCUCAUGCAGGCGCAGGCCCUGGAGGAGAUGCGGCGCCUCGUCGCCUACCUCAACCAGGGCCAGGCCAUCUCCGCCGCCUCCCUGCCCAGCUCCGCGGCGGCCGCAGCCGCGGCCGCUGCCCUGCACCCGGCGCUUGGCGCCUACGAGCAGGCGGCCGGAUACCCGUUCAGCGCCGGGCUGCCCCCGGCCGCCUCCUGCCCGGAGAAGUGCGCCCUGUUCAAUAGCGUCUCCUCCAGCCUCUGCAAACAGUGCACGGAGAAGCCUUAA